ACAGAAUUUAGACAACAUAUUAAUUGUCUAAUCUUAGGGCCUUAGGCCCAGUCUGCAAAAACCAGUGUCUGCCGAGAGAGAGAGAGAGAGAGAGAGAGAGAGAGAGGUUUCUCUCUCAUGGCCAUGGUGCGAAGAAUGACGUCAGUGAGAGAAACAGAGAAACUUGGGCACCAAGAAACCCAAAUCCCCUCUCGAUGCCAAUUCUCUCUCUCUUGAUCUCUUUCGCUUGCUUGCUAACUUGCAGCGUUCAAGACUAAAGAGGGCUAAUAGGAAGAAGGUUGGAAGGUGGAAGGAAGGAGCAGAAAUCAUCACAGUGACUUCAGGGUUCUUUUCCUUUCCUUCCUUUUCUGUUCUUCAGCUCAGUAGUUAAUUUCGCUCUUAUCUCUAACGAUUUAACCCACGGCUUCUUCUUGUUCGUCUGCGUCGAUCCUUGAGGAUCGGAUGCUUGAGCUUCUGUUUCUCGAGCCGAAGCUACGGAGCUUAAGCAGUAAUCUCAAGCUUAUUGUCUAUUACAGUCUCUACAACAUAAGUCAUUUCUUCUUAGACAAGUGGCACCGUCGAAUGCGAGUUGUCAAUGUUCGAUUUAAACCCUUUGAAGCUUGAAGCCUUUCGUCCAUUUCGUUGUUGAUGACGCUGUGAUCUCUGCUGCUGCUUCUUCUUCUUUUGUAGUUUAAAUCGCUUCUGUGCUUGUUCUCUGCGCUGAAAGUUGCAAAAUGAGCUACUUGAGACCGUCGGCAUUGUACCGGUUUCUUCUCACUUUCCCUUCGCUGCGAUGGAUGCCGUGUCAGACAUUAGCGUUUUUACGAUGGCCCACUCUUGAUGGGUUUAUGAGCUUUCUGGUGUUGGUUCUCCUAUGGUCGAUGUUUGUGGAGGUUCGCUUCAUACCUUCAUCAUCUAUGUAUCCUACCCUCCGGGUUGGGGAUCGAAUCAUCGCCGAGAAGGGAGGAAUCGAUCUGUUGAAAUGCUUCUAUGACAUUAGAGAAUGCAGUGAGGAUCAUGGGAGCCAUGCAUGGAAGGAGAAAUGUUAUCUUGUUGGCCACUUCUUAUGCUCCGUCCCAUUUCCCCCUCUGGGGACGAUGCAGUUGCAGCAACUGAAAUACAUUCUCAAGCUCUACAAUCCACAUCUCAAACUCUCAAGGAGAAAGUCUCCUCUUCGGAAUGUGAUCCUUCCUGUUUUUGUCAUAGAGGAAGUGGGCAUCCAAAAAUGUGGCUGACCAGGCGUUGAGGAGCUGAGGAGAGGGGGGGACCCGGGAACUGAUAUGAAUAAAGCCAUUGAAGUGGCUGCCUACUCAUGGAGAAUUAGUUGCAGGGCUGGAACUGGGGGUGUGUGUGUGUGUGUGUGUGUGUGUGUGUGUGUGUGUUUUUGUGUGUGUGUGUGAACAACAUUUUCCCUAAUGUGUCUAACUCUCAUGUGAGGAGGAGAUAGACACAGGGAGCACUGGCAUAGGCCGCGUUCCCAGACAUAAAACCAUAUAUAUAGGGAGAAAGUUUUCUGGUUGGGAUCGUGGCCCCUGCACCAUCUCCCCAACCGAUGAGAGUGCAUGGGUGUGCAUAGACCAAAAGGGGUGCUGUGGUCAUUUUGCACACCUCCUUUGUCUGGUUGCAGGGGCCCACUCCCAAAUAGAAAACACUUGCCUAUAGUUGGUGCAUUUUGUUUCCAUAAGUUGUGACUAUAAAAAAGCAAAGCAUUCUAGACUAGCCUAACUGCAAUAUCAACCUCCUCUGCUGCCUUUCACUUCCUUCUGAAAGGUACAUUAUUUUCGGUUCACAUUUUAAGCUUGCUUUGGGUGGCUGCCUCCAUAGUUUCCAUGUUGCCAAGGAUGGAUCUUGGCAGUGGCUUGGCAUCUUGUUGCCUAGGCGAGUCCAAGGUGCCCCAGCGGAAGAAGGAUAUUGCCAGUUCACAGAUCUGCUCUUUUCACGUAGACAGACAACAUGAUGGUCUUCUUCCCCACCUUGUUGACUGGAUCUUGUCUAGGUUCCUAGAUACACUGAAGGACUUUUUGUCUUGGGCAUCACAGGAUGAUGUCACUUUGGUGCUGCCUUGACUAUUAUGGACCUCUCUGGUGAAUUCUGUCUCCACUUUUUCUGAAUAACAUCUUGGGAUUACCUAUGAAACAUGUUUAUUGGGUUUUUGUUUCUUCAACUCAUAUGUAGUCCCCUCCUGUGGUCACUCAACCUGUGCAUUUUCUGUUGUCAAGGGACAGCUUGAUUUGGAAAAUGAUUGAGUGGUUGUUAAGCAGUUUAGAUUGGACUGGUUUAGAAACAAUCAUUUGUUAGAUUUUAAUAUCUGGUAUUAUCAUCUCUUUAACUGAUUCUGGUUAACUCUUUCCCUACACUUCUCUUCAUUUGGUGUCUAUAUCUCAAUGCCCCCAUAGCUUUUGAGAAGCAUGUUAACUUUCCAGCUAGGUAAAUACAUUUGGGAAUUUAGUUCCUGUCAUCCAAUAUAAAGUUCUGUUUUGUCAUCCUAUCCUACAUCUUCCCUUGGUCUGGAGGAGCUUACUCAGAAUAGUCCUGCAACAGUUAUUGAGUUUCACUUCCUUGAGAGUUCUGUUUUUUUAGUGCCUCCCACUCAAUUUUAUGGAAGCUUUGCUUGCUAGUUGACAUGAACGCUUUGUUUUUUUGCUACAUGUGGCAAGAGUCAAUACUGAAAGGAGGAGAUGAGAUGGUCCCUUCCUUUACCUUGGCUCUGAUAAUUAUUAUUUUUGUAUGCUAUGCAGUUUGCACAGCUAAUGAUAUUAAUGUUCUCUAUAUUUCUCCUUCAGGUGUCGUAUUACUU